AUGUUACUUCUUCUGAUAAUAGUGAGUGAAUGGGAUAGAUUGGAUUCCAUUGUCAAGCCAUGGUUGCAUUCUACUCUCUCCACGUCUCUUCUUCAAAUGAUCUUUAAGAAAAAGGUUAUUACAUAUGAAGUUUGGCGAAACAUCGAGAAGGUUUUUCAAGAUAACAAAGUCAACAAAAUUAUCCAGAUAGAUAAUGAACUCCGUAACAUAACUAUGGGUAAUUUUACUAUUACCGAAUACUGCAAUCGUAUCAAAAAUCUUGCAGACUUUCUUGAUAACAUGGAUGCUAAAGUACUAGGGGCAAAUCUUGUAGCAUACACUCUAAAUGGGUUACCUCCAAAAUUUCGAUAUAUUGCAACAUCCAUCAGCCUUCGACAUCCUCUUUCUACGUUUUGGGAUACUCAAUCAAUCCUUACAAAAGAAAAACUCUAG